AAACAUCCUACCCAACGUUUCUGCGCAGACGCGCCGCAUCCGCACAACACCAACGCCGAAUUAACUUCUUUUUUUCUCUCACCCAUCCAGAAUACUUCUUAAGGUUAUGGUUAGGGUUAGUCGCAAGUCACGGUCAAAUUAUAACACGGGUAGGACGUUUUGUCAGAGUAGGAUGGUUUCUCAGAACACCGGAUCACACGUCUGCUGGCUAAGGCGGAAGUGGAACAACGAAUGGAUGUGUGCAUUGUGACCGUGUAGAUAACAUUAAUAUUUAACAAAACAUUUGCUUAUUGUACCACGAAUAUAUACUCCUACCAUCUUAUCCCGCAUCCAUGAUGUUCAACAGACAGACGAGUCUCUGGAUGGGUGAUCUCGACCCAUAUAUGGAUGAGAACUUCAUCAAACAGGCCUUUAGUGCUAUGGGAGAAUCUCCAUUUGGGGUCAAGAUCAUCACUCACAGGAUAACAGGCGGUUCAGCAGGAUACUGUUUUGUGGAGCUGGCAGAUGAAGCGAGUGUGGAGCGGUGUGUCCAGAGACUCAACGGGAAACUGGUUCCUGGAUCAAACCCGCCCCGGAAGUUUAAGCUAAACUAUGCCACCUAUGGGAAACGGCCAGAAGCAGGGCCAGAGUUCUCAGUUUUCGUGGGCGACUUGGCUUCUGAGAUAGAUGACUUCCAGCUGCAUCAAGUUUUUAAGAAGUACCCUUCAUGCAAAGGAGCCAAAGUAGUCACCGACCAGUAUGGAUACUCAAGAGGCUACGGCUUUGUCAAGUUUGGAGAGGAGAGCGAGCAGAAGAAGGCGAUCGAGGAGUGCCAGGGUACGAUGCUGGGAGGAAAGCCACUCAGGCUCAGUAUUGCUGUAGCAAAGAGCCAGAAGAUGAGCAGCUACCACGGGGGCCAGGGCCAGAAUUACCAGAGCAACUACAACCAGACUCAGUCUGGUUACUAUGGUAGCCAUAGUGGUGGAAGCCAGGGUUACUAUUCUCAGUGGGGGGGCUACGACCAGUAUGGUGGCUACAACAGUACCGGCUACAACAGCGGCUAUGGCAGCGGCUACAACAGUGGCUACAACUACGGCUACGGAGCCUAUGGAUACCCACCACCAGGUCACAUGAUGCCACCACCUCCCAUGGGGAUGCCACCAAUGUCCACAGACAUGUCAGGAGCCGUAGAGAGCCAUGUGGAGGCUGAAGACAUAGAUGAGGAUAAUGCAGAAGAACCCAUUCCCGAGUGUGACGUCGACCUGUGGAACAAAGAUUUCAUGCAGCGCAGUGAGGAGCUCUACGAUGCCAUGAUGAAUUGUCACUGGGAGGCUCUGGACUCUGUUGACUCCCCCAUCCCCUCAUUCUCUUGAUAAUGUCUCCCACACCCCCUCCUGAAAUGUUUCAUUUAAAAAAAAAAGUUUUUUGUUUUUUAUUCCCAGAAUAUUAACAACACACUGACAUCUUCUAGAGGCCAGCUUUCAUUUCCUGUGUCAGUUUUCACUAAGACUGAUAAUACGCACACGUUCCUCUUUAAACACCUAAAAUAUUCAGACUUGGCUGUAACAUUUACCAUGUUAACAACAAACAGCAGGUCAGUCAUUGUUCAGUGAAGCUGCUCUGUAGUUUCUAUCAUCUGAGGUGCUGCAGCUGACCAGCGCUCAGAAGCUGUUGUACUGCAGACUGAGUGUCAUGCACCACCACUGAAUUAUGCCACUGAGGAACAAACUGUAGUUAUUUGAUGAUGGAAUGACCAGCAGAUGCACAUUCAGCAACAUUGAGAUUGACAUCUGCAAACAAAAAUGAAAAACCAUGCCUUUAUUGUCUUUUGUCAUGUACUUCCUGUGAGUCCAGGAUGGUCGUUAGAAUUGCUUUGUACAUACACAACAUCGAUCUUUCUCAUCUUUUUUUUUUUUUUUUUUAAAUGAAGGAAUUCCUGUCUUUUUAAAAAAUUUCUGAUAGAUUAUUGAACUCAUUUAGGAAGAGUUGAAAACUGAGUUAACACCCUACAGAAAAACACAUCAAUCGGAAACGUUAUCUGUUUUUCAAACAAGAAGCUCACAAUCUUUCUGUGUGCUAGAUGAACGAGACAAACUCCCAACAUGUUCGAGUGCUGUGAAAACUGUGUAAGGACUUUAACGGCUGAUUUGAUGUCAGACUUCGAGGCAGCAUUUAUUUUCUGCUCUUUGAUGGCUGAAGUUUUGUAUAUAUUUUCUUUCUGGAGAUGUUUUAUCAAUAAAAUGAAUUAAGGUGG